UCUCCUCUCAGGGCUAAAUCCCAGUGCGCGUCAACGUUCCAUUGGCUUGUGUUUACCGUGCCCAAAGUUGAUGAACCCAUUCGCCAAUCUUUGCGACAUCAGACCGCACGUAGCAGCAAAAUCAUAGUCAAAUUUCAAGAGGUCGUCUUCACCAAAACUCUCCGCCUUUGGCGAAUCCAGUCGAUCUUGACGGACAAUCACCCUGCGUCAUCUUCCAGAUCCACAUCAGUUCGACAAUUACAGUUCUUC